AUGAGUCAACGAGCAAAGACUUCAUUGAUCAACUUUUUACUGGAGGUAGUACCUUCAGCAUUGGAUUGUUCCAGACAACAGUUAACGUCAUUAUUGACUGGGAAAGGUGAUGAACAAUUAAAACGGUUUUUAAGAGAAACUGAUGUUCACUGUCUAAUUGUAGGAAAAGAAAAAGUUAUCGAGUCUGAUGUGGGAAGAGAGUCAGAUUCUGAAGGAUUAAAGUUGGAAGAACCUAUUUCAGGUGAAAAUAGGCUGGAAUAUUCUGAAGGGUUAACACAACAUCAAGUAUUUAUAGAAACUUAUAUGACUUCCAGAUGUUUAAAAGCUUCGUUAAUGGUGUUUGUUAAAAACCCUGGAUUCCAAGUUUCAGAUGAUGGAAUUAUUACGACAAGUGUUGAUAGAGGAGCAGAAACAUCUGAAUCUGGCGGAGGUGAUUCUUCCGAAGAUCAUACAAAAAACACUGGAGUAAUAACUCAUUCAAAAUCUUUGUCUUCAAGUCUACAGUGUAUCCAGUUAGGGUUUGUGGGAUCACAAUUAACUCCAUAUGAAGUUUUAAACCAAUACUUACAGUUUGCCUUUACUCCUCUAUUGGAUGCAUUAGGUAAUGCAAAAAACACCUCUGGAGCAAUUGGAGUAGAAGCAGGAGAGACUGGAGAUACUACAGAGGCAGGGUCUCACUUAGGUCUUGAAAAUAUUCAAAGAAAAGUGAAUGAAUUAUGUUUGGCCUUACAACAAGGCCAAGAUGAUAGUAUGAUUCCCAUGGUAAGAUUAAGCUUAGAUCCAAAGGUUUUAGAAUAUGCCAAGGAAUAUAAGAAUACUGGGAAAAUUAAUAAUAUGGAUGAAAUAAUUGAAGAUUCUGCCUUUUUGUCCUCUCUUCAAGUUUCAAUUACCCAAUGGAUUCGGGAAAUCCAAUCAUUAGCAAGAUUUCAGAGAGAUAUUGGUUUAAGUGUUACAUCAGAGGUAAAAUUCUGGUCAUCUUAUGAAAGAUCUCUUCAACAGAUUUUGAAACAGGUUCAAAGUCCAGAAGUAGAGUGGACAUUAUCUGUAUUACGUCAGUCCAAGAAAUUCUUAGCAGCUAUAUCUUUAGAAGUGGAUACUGGACUUAAACAAUCAAUAGAAAGAGUACAAAACAUUAAUACUUUGAUACAUGAUAUCCCAAUAAAUGACUUGCUUGUGUCGACUUCUAUAGAUGAAAUCACUUCUGCUGUUGGAUUAUUCUUCCAACAGCUAAGAAAAAUUAAGGGAGCAGCUUCUUAUCCUAUUUCAAGGACCUUCCAGCUUGUGGAAGUUUAUUCCAGUGAUAUGACUAAACAGUUGUACAAAGUUCUCCAAAAUAAUCCCACAACAUCUUUAAUGUUACUGGAAUUUCCUGUUUUUGAACAUCUAGUUAAUGGUUGUAAUGAGCUUGGACAAGUAUGGGAGGAUGAGUGGAGGGAAUUAAAAGAGGUAAUUAGAGACCUAAUUAAAAAGAGGGGACUUUCAGAAAGAGCUCAUCCAAAGAUGGAUUUUGCUCAUGUUCCUUUAAUCCAACGUUUGAAUGACAUUGUAAUAUUUAGAAAACAACACCAAAAGUUGAAAGAUACUCUAUUAGAGCUUCUAUCAAUUCAGAGUUCUGGAUCUGGAGAUCAAACAGAUCAGAAUCCUUUAUCAGCUUUAGGAAUUGAACAAAACACUGGACUGGAUGCUCUACAGUCUCUUGCUAAAAAAGAUCUCCAACAGGCUUAUGCCUGUGUGGCUAAUAUUAACAUUCUUGAUCUCUCAGCUGUAGGUUUAGAGACUUGGGAAGCUGGAAAACAAGCUUACAACAAUAAGGUGGACGCUUCUGAAACUUUAUUAAUUAAGCAACUUAGAGAGCAACUAAGUGGAUGUGGUAAUACCUUGGAAAUGUUUAGAAUACUUGGGAGGUAUAAUCCCUUAUUCUUCAGACCAAGAAUUAGAAGUGCAGUUGAAGAAUAUCAAAGCAUUUUAUUGGAUAAAGUACAAUCAGACUUUCAACUAUUACAACUUAGAUACCAGAAUCCAUACCAAAAGAGUGCAGCAUCUCAAUUUUCAUGUCUCAGGGAUAUUCCAAAUAUAGGAGGUAUGCUGAUUUGGUCUCACUUGCUUCAGGAAAGAAUACAGAGUAUAUAUUUAAAGCUUGAAGAUAUUUUUGGACCAAAUUGGGAAUUUGAGAGUCAGGGACAUAAAGUUAAAACUGAUGGAGAUCACAUUACUUCAAAGAUACAUCCAAACCAGAUCGUGGACUUUUGGUUACAACAGAGAAAGGAUGAUAAGUUAACUUAUGAUUUGAACAAACCAGUUUUGGGAUUGAUGAAAAGUGUUAGUACUUCAAAUACUGCCUUCGUGGUACCAUAUAGUGUCAAAGUUUUGGCUGAUGAGCUUAAACUUUUGUAUCCUUACAUUUCCCACUUAAACUCACUUUGCAUUAAUUGGAUGAGAAUUGCAACUCAGUUAGAAGUGGAACCAGGAAAGAGAAUUUCUCCUCUUUUAACUCCAUUCCGUCAGGAAGUAUAUAAUGUUAUCCAAGAAGGAGUUUCUCUAAGUUGGUCAUCUGAUAGGUUGGAGGGAUUCAUUAGAAGAUUUUAUGAUUCUGUGGAUACUUUAGAACAGAAGUUUGAGGCUGUUAUGACAUUAGAUGAACAGCUUUCCGUAUUAGUUUCUCAAAUUAGGAAUAUCCAAGUAACAAGGGGGCUUGGUGAUCUUGUCUCUCAUUUAAACAAGAUUGGAUCAAAAUGUGAAGAGUUUCAAUCUCUUUUAUUGGCAUAUAGAAUUGAUUAUUUAUUUUACUGGGAUCAGGUUAUUCAAUCAUUUCUACUUCCAAAGCUAAAGGAAUUUGUAGAGCUUUGGAUAAACCAAUUCAUUUCUGUAGGAGGAACUGAUAAUGAAGUAUUCCCUCAAGAUCAAGUUCUGUCUCCAAAUAAUAAGAAUAACAACCAAAAUACAGUUUUGGGUUCUUUGCAAAGUACAGUUAUUACUCUGCAGCUUAAAGAUCAAAAGAUUGUAUUGAAUCCUUCUCUUGAGGAUGUUAAGUCCUUAUGGUUAAGACGUUUCCAUCAAGAGAUCACAAAGAUCACAAAUCUUCAAAGAGUUACAAACAUUUCAAGCAUUCCUCAAACAUCUCCUUUCUAUGGGGAGAUUAGAAAAGCCAAGGAAGAAUUAAUUCUUCAAAUUUCAGGAGGAGGUGAGAAGAUAAAUGAAAGUGGAAUAAAUUACGUUAGCAGUGAUGAUGUUGGAUCUGUCAAACAUAUUCCAGUAGACGGUACCUACAGACAUUUGUUUUUGUUUCUUCCAAAAUCUCUUUUGGAAUGGAGUUAUAAAAGUAUAGAUGAUGUAUUUACCUCUGUCAAAGUUUCCAUUGACUAUUGGAAAAGAUUUGAGGCUCUUUGGUUUGUUGAGCUUAGCAGUGUUACAGGAAAACUGAAUAGCUUACUACAGUGGCAACAGCUAGUAAGGGAGAUGAGGAGUUUAAGGACUAGUUUUAGCUCUAAUGAAGAUUUACGUUGGUUCUGCAGUAAGGUGGCUCUGGACACAUCAGCUAUACAAGCAAAGAUUAUGAGUAAAUAUGAUGGUUUGGCAAGGGAGAUUCUCCACCUGUAUGCAUCCAAAUUGAAUGAGCAGCUUUCUUCUUACUGGACUUCAGUGAGUACUAUUAAGCAAACUUUGGACAAAUUGGAACCAUUUUUGGCUCAGUGGUUGAUUUGGAUAGAUAAGAAUUCUUCAAGCAUUUCUUCUUUGGUUUUAAAAUCCGAUAAUAUUCCAACUAAGGGUUCAGUAAUGGCCAACUUACCUCCUGGAGGAGAAGCUCUACAUUCUUCUUUGAUAGAGUUAGUGUCAAAAAUGGUGUCUGCCCAAGAUCAAGAUCAAAAGAUUGGAUUAGAGUUACCUUUGUUUGCAGAUGGACAAAAGUUUCUCGAAGUUCAGAGAUUUACCUUCUCAACUGACUGGAUUUGGGUGGAACAGUUUGAGGGAGAGUAUGAUAAAUCCCACCAAAGGUUGGAACACUGUUUUGCCAAUGUCAUAUUUCCAAGUAGAAGAAAAAUUGAAAAUUAUCUCAAACUUUGUUUACAACUCAUAUUUAUGUCAUAUCAAGAGCUUUUAUCAGAAUGGACUCGUUUAAGAGGAAUUACCUUUGUGAAGAACCCUUUCUUAAUGUUAGAGCAGAUUGGAGUAAUUGAGAAUAAGGUAAAUGUUUUGCGUCAAGACAUUGAAUCUUUUAAUAUGAUCUUCAAAGCUUUCAAGUUUGACUCUUCUUGGAUUGAUAAUGAGCUAAACAAGGUAACUUAUGAGACUUUUGACACAAUUUUACGUGAUCUUAAAGACUUUAAAGAGAUUUGGAAUCAGUUAAAUGUUUUCUUUGUAAUGAUAAGCGAGUACAAGACAAUGUUAUGGACAGAAGUUAAUGUUAAGACUUUAAAGACAAACUUGGAAAGUCUGAUUUCUAAUCUAAAAUCAAUACCAGUCAAAUAUAGACAAUAUGAUGCAUUUGAACAAUUACAACAUGAUGUAGAGGGAUAUCAUAAAAAUAUGAGUUAUAUUACUCGGCUUAAAGCCGAGUACAUGAAGGAAAGGCAUUGGAAAUUAUUACUGAGUAAGGUAGUAUGGUAUGAGAAGACAAAUAAUACAGGAUUUAAGCAUGAGAAUGCGUCUGAUCAAAAGGUAUCGAAAACUAAUGUUAAUGGAGAUGAUUCUUCAAAAAUACAAGAUCAGGAGAAACCUGUAAUGAAUGAAAAUGAGAGAAGCCAAAAUAUCCAAAGUUUGACAAGUAUAACAAUGAAAAGCUUAAGAUCUUCAAAGUCUAUGAAAUUCUCUUCUAUGAGUAGCUCAAGUAUAUUUUCAAUGUCUAUCUUUUCAAAUUUAACUUUAGGGGAUGUUUGGUCAAUUAAUUUUGAGGCAUCCUCAGUAAUAAUAACAGAAAUCUUGGCCAAAGCUCAAGGAGAACAUGGUUUGGAGUCAUAUAUUCAAGGAAUGAAAGAGCUUUGGAAUGGAUUUGAAGUAGAGUUUACUGGACUUCCAAAUAAUCCUAAUACUAAAGUUAUUAAGAACUGGGAUAUCAUGUUGGGAGCUAUAGAUGAUAAUUUAAGUGCUCUACAAAACAUGUCACUUUCUCCAUUUUAUGAGAUCUUCCAAGAAGAAAGUCAGCUUUGGACUGAGAAAUUAACUAAACUGAGAUUUAUUUUGGAUCUCUGGAUGGAAACACAGAGAAGAUGGAUAUAUCUUCAAGGAAUCUUCUUAGCUAGUACUGAUAUUGCAAGUUUACUUCCUCAAGAGUAUAAGAGAUUCCAGACUGUUGAUACUGAAGUUCAGGGACUAUUAAAAAAGUCUCAGUCAAGACCUAAAGUAAUAGAUCUCAUAAGUUUUGAGGGUUUAACUAAGUCAUUGGAAAGAAUUAGUGAUUAUUUAAAUAAGAUUCAAAAAGCUCUUGGAGAAUAUUUAGAAAAGCAGAGAAGUAUGUUCCCAAGAUUCUACUUUAUCGGAGAUGAAGACUUAUUAGAGAUGAUUGGUAAUGGAAAGGAUAUAACAGUUGCUCAAAGACACUUUAAUAAGAUUUUUGCAGGAAUCACAUUCUUAAAGUUUGAAGAUUUAAUGGAUGAGAAUAAUAACCAGAAUAUUCAGAGAAAGAAAGAAAAUGGAGGUAAGAAUAGUGAGGAUGGUGAAACUGAAUGUAUGAUUACUGGUAUGGGUUCUAAAGAAGGAGAGAUUAUUACUUUUAAGAAACCAAUUUCAAUUCUGAAAAAUACUUCCCUUGUAGAAUGGCUUGGAAAGGUAGUUGGGAGUAUGCAGAACACGUUAAAUCAUUUAAUAGGAAAAGCUGUAGAGAGCAUCAAUUUGGACUUUGGAGUUCCUUUUAUUGAUGAUGAUAAUAUUCUUGAAGAAAAGUUGAGAUCUACUUUUGAAAAGUAUCCAACACAGGUACUAUUGGUAGCUUGGAUGACCUGGUGGACUAAGAUGACUGAGGAAUCCUUUGCAUCAGGAGGAUCUACAAAACAACUUCAGGAGUUUAUACAAAGAAUUCUAUCUAGACUUAGUGAUAUUGUUGGGACUUUGGAGGAAAAUAGCUGUGAAAAGAUGAAAUAUAAUCAAUUGAUUGUGGAGUUUGUUCAUGAAAGGGAUGUAUUAAGUUAUUUAGUUGAACAAAAUGUAAAAUCUAGUCAAAGCUUCCAUUGGCUUCAAUACAUGAGGAUGUACUGGAUGAAUAAGGAAAGCCAGAAAAAUCUUAAAGAUCUUGAAGUUAUCGGACAAAAUGAAAGUGAUAUAAUUGUUAGAACAGCAAACUCUGCUUUUGUUUAUGGUUAUGAAUAUCUUGGAAUACCAGAAAAGCUUGUUCAGACUCCUUUAACUGAUAGAACUUAUUUAACUUUAACUCAAGCUUUGCAUAUGAGACUUGGAGGAAAUCCUUUUGGGCCAGCCGGUACCGGUAAAACUGAGACAGUUAAAGCUUUAGGAAAUCAACUAGGAAGAUUUGUUUUGGUUUUUAAUUGUGAUGAACAGUUUGACUUUACAGCAAUGGGUAGGAUUUUUGUAGGUCUUUGCCAAGUUGGAGCAUGGGGAUGUUUUGAUGAGUUUAAUAGACUACAAGCUAGAAUUUUAUCAGCAGUUUCAGAACAGAUCUUGACAAUUCAAACAGCUUUGAUCAAAAAGAGUGAUACUGUAGAACUUUUAAACAAAACCAUUCCAAUGAGUCAGGAUGUUGGAAUAUUUGUAACAAUGAAUCCAGGGUAUGCUGGAAGAUCUGAAUUACCUGAUAACUUAAAACAUCUACUUAGAGAAAUCGCUAUGGUCAUUCCAGAUAGACAAAGAAUUGCUGAGGUAACUCUUUUUGCUCAAGGGUUCCAGUUUGGAGAGAUGAUCUCAAGACAAAUUGUCACAUUAUUUGAGCUUUGUCAGUCCCAGAUGACUAGCCAACCCCAUUAUGACUUUGGUUUACGUUCAAUGAAGUCAGUUUUACGUUCAGCUGGAAAACUCAAAAAAUCUGCAGUUUCUGAGAAUAAAGAAGCAUUGGAAGAUCCUCAAAAACUAUUAAUUUUGGAACAACAACUCAUUAUUAGGUCAAUUUCUUCGACUUUACUACCAAAGUUAGUUUCAGCUGAUGUUCCUCUUCUUAAUACACUAUUUCAAGGGGUUUUCCCACAGGUUCCAUUUGAGGCUUUGAAUGAUUCUUUAAUGGUAGAACAAGUUAAGUUAAUCUGUAAGAGAAAUUCUUUAGAAGCUACAUCCCAAUGGUUAGAUAAGGUUCUACAGCUAUUUGAGAUUCAGAAACUAAAUCACGGUAUUAUGUUGGUUGGAUCAACCGGUACCGGAAAGACUACAGUAAGGAAAACUAUGUUGGAAGCUAUGGAUACUAUUCUGGGAUCUAAAACAAUUAGUUAUGUAAUAGAUCCAAAAACUAUUGAUAAAGAGAGUCUAUUUGGCAAGUUAAAUCCUGUCACUUUAGAAUGGACUGAUGGAGUUUUCACUGCUAUUUUAAGGAAGAUCAUUAACUCUUCAGAUACUUCUUCAGGUGAUCAAACUGGAGGAAUUGGAAGUAAUAAAAAGUAUUGGAUCAUCUUUGAUGGUGAUGUAGACCCUGAAUGGGCUGAAAACCUUAAUUCUGUUUUGGAUGAUAAUAAGCUUUUAACUCUACCAAAUGGAGAAAGGUUAGAGCUUCCUCCUUGGGUAAGAGUCAUUUUUGAGGUUCAUUCAUUAGCCACUGCUACUUUGGCUACAGUUUCAAGAUGUGGUAUGAUCUGGUUUAACGACGAAAUCAUUACUGAUGAAAUGUACUUUACUUCUUUCUUAUUCAAUAAGAUCAAGAUGGGAAAUAACAUUGGUAGUCCUAGUUCUAACACUAGUUCUGGAACUGCAACUGGAAACUCCAAAAUUGUAACCAAUACAACACUUUCAACUUCUACAAAAGCUGGAGAAGGAACCUCUGACCAGAUUGGUGAAAUUACUGGUGGAAAUAAUAUAGGAAAUACACAAGACUUAGAAUUUGUAUCACCCUCUGGAGUAUUAGUGGAAAAAGGAGCUGCAGAACAAAACUUGGAAACUAUAUUAAGAAAUAAGGCCUACUUAAUCUGGCAAUCUAUACUAUUUAAAGAUUCAUUUGGAUCUAAAUGCCUCUCAUAUGCAUCUAAAAGACCUCAUACAAUGGUUUUCACGAGAAUUCGAGUCUUGGAAGCAGCAUUUUCUUUGUUAAACAGUUGCAUCAAAUUACUAUUGGAUUCAAACCCUUCAGGAAAUUUAAAAGGAUCUGUAGAUUCUUUAACAGAAUUAUUCUCACGUUGGUUACUUUGGUCUUUAGUAUGGGGGUUUUCUUCCAGUAUGAACCUUUCUGACAGAAUCUCUUACACUAAAGAGGUUAUUUCCCUUGUAUCCUUUACAGAACUCCCACCAAUGGAGGAUGAAAGUACUUCAAUAUUAGAUUUCAAAGUUGUUAUUCCUACUGGAGAAUGGAGAAAAUGGAGCUCAGAAUGUAAAGAAACCCAAGAUCUUCCUCUUAACAAAGUUCUGGAUUCUAAUGUAAUCAUUGAAACCGUCGAUACCCUACGUCAUUUUCAAGUAUUACACGCUUGGCUACACGCUCAUCUUCCCGCAAUAUUAUGUGGACCUCCUGGAAGUGGAAAAACUAUGACAUUAUCAUCAGUAUUACGUAGUAUGACUGAUGUUGAUAUUGUAUCAUUAAACUUUUCUUCAGCUACAACCCCUGAAUUAUUAUUAAAAACAUUGGAACAUUAUUGUGAGUUUAUCAAAGGUCCUAGAGGAUGGAUAUGCCGUCCAACGGUACCCAAUAAAUGGUUAGUAGUAUUUUGUGAUGAAUGCAAUUUACCAGAACCUGAUAGAUAUGGUACACAAAGAGUAAUUAUGUUUAUAAGACAAUUAAUUGAAAUUAAGGGAUUCUGGAGAAGAGAAGCAACACAAUGGAGUUUUGUAACAUUAGAACGUGUUCAAUUUAUUGGAGCUUGUAAUCCUCCAACAGAUACUGGAAGACAUCCUUUAUCUGACAGAUUCCUACGUCAUUCACCUAUUUUAUUUGUUGAUUUCCCAGGAAAAAAUUCUUUGAAUCAAAUAUAUUCAGUUUUUAAUAGAGCAAUAUUGAAACCAUUCCCAAAUCUCUUUACUUAUGCUGAUACAUUAACAAAAGCUAUGGUAGAUAUAUAUGAUGCUUCAGCAAAAACACUAACUGUGGAUCUUCAACCUCAUUACAUAUACUCUCCAAGAGAAUUAACAAGAUGGAAAAUUUCUAUAUACUCUGGUCUUCAUACUUCUAUAUCUGAUUCUUCAUUAAAGCUUACAAAUACCUUAAUAUCUGGAUCAUCAUCACAAUCAUCUACAAAUCAAACAGAAGCUUUAAGAAAAGUAUUAGAGAAAUUUGGAGCUGAUUCACAUCUUCAUCUUGAUGAAGAAAAUGAAUUCACACUAACUCAACUAAUUAGACUUGUACUUUAUGAAGGAGAAAGAAUUUUCCAAGAUAGACUUGUUGAACAAAGUGAGAAAAAUUGGUCACAAGAAAUGAUGAAUGAAAUGAUACUCAAACAUUUCCCUAAUCUUUCAAUAGAAAAAGAUCUUCAUAGACCUCUUUUAUUUACUAAUAUUGUAACUUCUCUAUGCAGAGAAAUUCCAAGAUCUAUUGUUUCAGAAUAUUUGCAAGAUAGAUUAACAUCUUAUUAUGAAGAACAAGGAACUUCCAGACUUGUAUUCUUUGAUGAGUUUCUUGAUAAUAUUAAUAGGGUUGACAGAGUAUUAAGACAACCUUUUGGUCAUCUUCUAUUAAUAGGACCUCCUGGGUGUGGUAAAACACUUUUAGCUGAUAUGGUAUCUUGGUUAAAUGGUUUGAAUGUUUUUACUAUUAAACCUGGAAGGAAAUAUGAUAUAUUUGCAUUUGAAGCAGAUCUUAGAUCUGUAAUGAAAAGAGCUGCUAUUAAGGGAGAAAAGUUAACAUUUAUCUUUGAAGAAUCACAUGCAUUAGGUCCAGCUUUUAUUGAAAGAAUGAAUGCUUUAUUAGCUUCAGGAGAAGUACCAGGAUUGUUUGAAGGAGACGAAUAUAAUCAACUUUUGAAUGAAUGCAGGACAGCUUUUAGUAAUAGCUCUUCUGUUUCUAUUUCAGAUGAUGGAAAUGAGUUAUUUGCUAGAUUUACAAAGCUUGUUCAGGAAAAUCUACAUAUAGUUUUUACCUUAAAUCCUGCAAAUCCAAACUUCAAAGAGACUCAAUCUUUAUCUCCAGCUCUAUUUAAUCGUUGUGUAGUUAAUUGGAUGGGUCAGUUAAAUAAUCAAGCUUUGAGUCAGAUUGCAAGAUCAUUCUUACAUUUAGAUUCUCACCAAAAAGAUAAUGACAUAGUAGAAGAAGGGGAAUCAACAAAUACUACUACACAAGCAAUAAUAACUAAUACUCAUACUAAUAUUACUACAUCUGGAAUUUCACCAAUCCCUACAAUUCCUGGAGAUAAUUCAAUUAUAUCUGCUAUAGAAAGAAUACCAACUAGUUGUAUGCCUUCAGUAGAAGAACCAGAAGAAAGGAUUGGAUUAACAAUAGAUUGUAUCAUAUCUCUCUUCCAUGCACAAGUAGGAGAGAUUGGAGGUCCAAAAAUACUUUCUUCUUCAUCCUCUGAAGAUCACUCAAUGAUGAAAACUCCAAGAGAUUUCUUUGAUUUCUUAAAACAUAUCAUCAAAAUAUAUAGAGAGAAAAAUGAAACAUUAUUAGAACAACAACAACAUUUAUCUUCUGGAUUAGAAACCUUAAGGAGUACUGAACAACAAGUUGCUACUCUUCAACAAGAAUUAGAAGAAAAGGAAAAGAUAUUAAUAGCAAAGAAUGUUGAAGCUGAACAGAAAAUGCAACAAAUGAUUAAAGAACAAGGUGAAGCAGAAGAAAAGAAAAAAACAACUGAGAGUUUAGCUAAGUCUUUAGAUGAACAACAAAAGGUUAUAGCUGAAAGAUCCAGUGAAGUUGAAAUUCAAUUGAAAGAUGUCGAACCAAUUCUAAGAGAAGCAGAGAAUGCAGUUUCUAACAUCCCAAAAAAGAAUCUAGAUGAACUUAGAUCUAUGGCAAAUCCUCCAGGUCUGGUUAAGAAAACUAUAGAUGCUGUUGCUAUAUUACUUACUAAUAACUCAACAAAACCUCAAGCUUGGGAAGAAAGCAGAAAACUAUUAAAAAGUUCUGACUUUAUUACCAGGGUCCUUAAUUUUGAUUCUAAUACUAUUACUUUAAAAACUAUGCAAAGACUCCAAAAAGAAUACUUAGAAUCACCAGAAUGGGACACUGAUAAGAUUAAUAGAGCAAGUCAUGCAGCUGGUCCUCUAUCAUCUUGGGUAUCGAGUAUAUUACAAUAUUCUAUAAUUAGUGAAAAGGUACAACCUCUUAAAGCAGAAAUUAGUCAAUUGGAGAAAUCAAAGUUAGAAAAUGAGAAAGGAUUAGAAGCAGCUCAAAAAUUAGUAGUAGAACUUCAAGAACGUAUUGAUAUUUACAAGAAAGAAUAUGCUGAAUUGAUUUCUCAAGUUCAAUUAAUUAAAAGAGAGAAAGAUCUUGUAACUAAUAAAGUUGAAAGAAGUAUUCGACUUUUAGGUAAUUUAACUACAGAACAAGAUAGAUGGAGAGAAGCUAAAGAAGGUUUUAAAACAGAGCUUUCCAAUAUUUUGGGUGACUGUCUUUUAUCAGCAGCUUUUAUUUGUUUUGCAGGAGGUUUAGAUCAGAUUUUAAGAUCACAAUAUAUUCAAUUAUGGCAGGGAAUACUUGAUCAAUUUCAGCUUUCUCAUACUAAUCCUAACUCAUUUAAAAUUGUAGAUUACUUAUCUAAACCAAGUGAAAGGUUAUUAUGGCAAAGCUAUGGUCUCUCAACUGAUGAUCUAAGUGUUGAAAAUGCUAUUAUUAUUAAGAGACAUAUCAGGUACCCAUUUAUUAUAGAUCCUUCAGGAUAUGCAACCAGUUUUUUAUUAGAGAUGAAUAAACAAAACUUUAAUAGUAGUAAUAAUAAUAAUAAUAGUGGAGGAGGAAGUCAUCAUGGACAAGGAAAAGGAACAAGUGGAAAACUUCAAACAAGUACUUUUUCUGACUCAAAUUUUCCAAAGCUUUUGGAAUCAUCAUUAAGAUUUGGAUCAUCGCUACUAAUUCAAGAUGUUGGAUCAUCUUUAGAUCCAUUGAUAUAUAGUGUUUUAAAUCAAGAAAUUCAUCUACAUGGUGGAAGAUCACUAAUUACAGUAGGAGACAGUGAAGUAGACUUUUCUCCACAUUUUAGGCUUUACCUAACAACUCAAGAUCCAACAAUACAAUAUGGUCCAGAUCUAACAAGUAGGGUAACUAUGGUCAAUUUUACUGUAACCCCAACUUCAUUAUUAGAACAAAGUAGAAAUAUUAUAUUAAAAGAACUCCGUCCAGAUAUUGAUAAGAAAAGAACUGAUCUAUUAAGAUUACAUGGAGAAUAUCGUGUACAGUUGAGAGAAUGUGAGGAUAAUCUAUUAUUAGCUUUAUCUAAUGUAAAAGGUAAUAUUUUAGAGGAUGAGACAAUUAUCAAUACUUUAGAAGUUCUUAAAAAGAAAGCUCAAGAUAUUCAAACAGAGACAGCAAAGAUGGAGAAUACUAUGCAACAUAUUGACCAAGUACUUACUCAUUUAUUACCUUUAUCACUAACAGCUACAAGGAUCUACUUUACUUUACAACAUCUUUCAUCUAUUAGUCCAAUUUAUCAAUAUGAUCUUGAAUUUUUUAAUAGAAUACUAUAUGCAGUUUUGGGAAGAAAUAAAUCUAAGAUUGCUUCAAAUAAGAUUGAAUCAGAAGAUGAGAAGAAUAAUGAUGAUAUAGAGUUUGAUCAUAAAUUACAAAAGAUGAUAAUAUUGGAUUUACUUCAUGAAGCUUAUUUAAGAGUAGCUCAAGGUUUAUUACAUAAUGACAGAAUAGUAUUUGGUCUUCAUUUGAUGAGAAUCUUUAUUGAAUCUUAUUGUGAUCUUUCUCUUGAUGAUACUAUGGGAACAGAAAUUGAUCUUUUAACUAAGUCAGCAUCUGCAAUUAAUGUUUCAGAUUCGGAUGGAGCAGGAGGAGUAGAUGGAAGUUCAAGAUCUUCUAUUAUGGAUUCUAUACCAAAAUCUUUUGGAUUAGAUAGAGAUCAAAGUACACAACUUUCUAUUAUAAUAUCAUCUUUGAGUUCAUUUUCAAAACUUUCAGAAUCUUUUAGUUCAAAUUUAAAAGAAUGGGAACAACUUAUGAUAUCUACAGAACCAGAGAUUGUAUUGGAAACUUUGAGUACUAACAUUUGGGAUGAGCAGGAUUUAAAUAGUAUAUAUGAUAAAGUAUUUAAUCAAGAAUCAUCUGGAAAUAAUGAUAUAAAUAAUCAAAUGAAUCAAGAAGAACUUAAUGAGAAGAAAGAGAUCUUAAGAAGAUUUAAGAAAGGUGUUUUGGAAUGUUUACUACUCAAGAUCAUUCGUCCGGAUAGGCUUCUUAAUCAAUUUAAUAAACUUAUAUCAGAAACAUUGGGAUCAGAUUUUUCACAUAUAAGUGAAUUUUCUAAAGAUUUACUUAAAGAUAUUGUUUUAAUACAAACAACAGAAUCAACACCAAUCUUAUUUGUAACUUCUCCAGGAUUUGAUGCUUCUUUGGUGGUUUCUCAAUUGGCUAAUGAUCAUAAUUCUAAUUUACUUUCAAUUGCAAUAGGAUCAGCAGAAAGCUUAGAAAAGGCAGAAUCUUCAAUUAAGAUUGCAAUGAGAAAAGGUAAUUGGGUAAUGCUUAAAAAUGUUCAUUUAUCUUCAGGGAAUUUGGAUUACUUGGAACAAUUAUUACAGAAUCGUCAGAAUAGGCCAAAUAAAGGAUUUAGACUAUUCCUAGCUACAGAGCUUCCUAAGAAGAUUUUGAAUCCUAGUCAUAGGGAUUCAGUAGUAGGAGCAUCAUUUAAUCCAGGUUCUUCAGGAUCAUCUCCUCUUGGAAUAUCUUUGAAUUUAAUCAGAAUUUCUAUGAAAAUACUUUUGGAAUCUCCAGUAGGACUUAAAGCUGCUCUUGAAAGAGCUAGUGAAAUAACAAUAAAGACAGUGGAUGAUUCAGCAAAUCCAACAAUACCAAGUUCUCAAAUAACAAUCAAACUAAAACUUUACUUUUUAUUGGCAUUUUUACAUUCAGUAAUAUUAGAAAGAAAAAGAUAUACUCCUUUAGGUUGGACAAAGUUCUAUGAUUUCAGUGAAGCAGAUCUUCAAUGUUGUAUUAAUAUAGUAAAUCAAUGGACAAUAACUAAUACAUCAGGAGAUCCUGAUCAGAUUCCUUGGGAAGCAGUACGUAAGCUAGUAUCACAAGUAGGAUAUGGAGGAAGACUGGAUAAUAUUGUAGAUAAACAGAUUCUUCACAUUUUAAUAGAUGAGAUACUUUCUUCAAGAUCUUUUGAGGAUGGAUCUCAACUUAUAAGUUGUACAAGUAAUUGGAAUAAUUUAUUUAGAAGUGAUCAAAUAAAGCCAAAUAUUUUAAUAGCUCCAGAUACUUGCAAAAAAGUUGAGAAUUACUUGGAUUGGGUAGAAAAGCUUGGAAAUACAAAUUGGCCAACAUGGCUUGGUCUUUCUCCUUUAGCUGAGAAUGUGAUUUUAGCACAAAAAGGACAAAAAAUGAGUUUAAAUUGGAGCCUAUUAAUUAUUAGAUCUAGAAAUGAGACACCAGAUUUGAUUCCAAAAGCUAAAGGAGGAGUUUUUGGUUCAGAUAUAAGGUCAAAUGAGACAGGAGGACAGUAUUUAGAAGGAUCAGAGAAGGGAUCAGGAGGAAAUAAUAAGUUACAAAAAGAGGAUAUGUCAAGACCAGAAACUAGGGGAAUUCCAAGUUGGAUGUUUAAAAUUGGAUCUAAAUUAACAAAGAUGGAGAAUAAUUUAAGAAUAUUUUCAGGACAUAUUUUAUAUAAUUCUCCAAAAAUAAUAGAAUUUUCUGAGAAUAAUAGUUUAGAUGCAAUUUCUAGAUAUUAUGUAUCAGAGAUUUCAAAAUAUUAUAAGGGAUUUAAGGAUAUCUGGGAGAAUAUUCAUGAGCUACUAAAUGUUCUUGGAGGAGAAGGUAAACUAACAAAUAAUCUUAGAAGUAUUGGAUUAAGUAUUCAAUCAGAUGUAGUACCAGAUUUAUGGUUAAAGUUAUUACCAAUAUUAUUAUAUAAUUUGGAUAUUUGGCAAUUAGAUCUUAUUAGAAAACUAUCACAGAAUUGUUUAUUAAUUUCAAGUAUAUGUAAGAAAUAUAAUAUAGAAGAAUCAAAAAGAGAAUUAGAAUCAAAUAAUAUGGAGACAUUUUUAUCGAACAUACUAGUAUGUUCUCCAGGAUUAAAGAAGAUUGGAUUGAAAACAAUUUGGUUGGGAGGAGUUUGUGAUCCAGGAGCUUUUUUCACAGCGAGUAAACAAUUAGCAGCGAAGAAUUUAGGAUGUAGUUAUAAUGAUAUAGUUCCAAGAAUUAUUUCAAUAGGAGACGAAGUAGAAGGCCAGAAUGGAGAAGUUCAGAAUGAGGAUGAAGCAAAGUUUGUAAUUGGAGGAUUAACAGCAGUUGCUUUGGAAUGGAAGGGAGAAUCAGGAUUAUUUGAAUUAAGCACAGAGAAAGCAGUUUCUGAGGUACCUCCUUUAUUAAUAGAAUGGGUUAAGGGUGAUCGUGAUAUGAUUUCAAAUCAUAAUAUUUCAGAUAAUAACUACGAGCUUAACAUAAUUCCGCAGAAUUUAUCGGAUAAUUCGAUUGCAAUUCCCAUUUUUAAAGAUUCAAAUAGAUCUCAAAUUCUAAUGUGGAUUAAUGUUCCUGCUAAGGCAAAUGAAAACAUUAAACAAUGGAGACUUGCCUCAACUUGUUUAAUUCUUUGGAAAGGAUAA